AUGCAUACAACUGAACUUCCAGGCAUUGAUACAGAUGUUGCCAAGCAGCUCGAGACUGACUUUGCAUUUGUUCCUCCGCUCACAGCAGUUUCCAGUGACACCAACUGCAAUCUCAAAGGUCCUGAAUCAAUUUCACUUGAUGACAUUGAUGCUGAGUUUGCUCAGCUCAAAGAUAUUUGCAAAGCAGAAAAAAUGAUUGACACAGAGUUUCUGUCGGACUGGGAUGUGGAUGGGAGGGAAGUUUUAGAAGGGAAUGCAUUCAACUUUGCAGAAUUGCAGCAUGUUGACGAGGGAUUAGUGCCUGCAGCAGUAGAGGAUGAGAUUAUGGUCACAGAUCAUGAUGCAAAUGAAGAUGGGACUUGGAAUAUUGACUUGAUGUUACUAUCGAGUGGUCUUACAUCAAUGUAG